GAAAGUGUGCACGGCGCGACAUUCUUCAGUCAGUGUAUUUGAGUCCUGUGUGUUUCCAGCUAAAUGUGACAAAGCUGCAGUUCCUGUUUCAAGGUGAGUUUGUCUGUGAGUGGACUGGAUACAUGAAGCAUAAAGUAACAAGGUAACGUCAGCUACUCACUGAGCGGUCCUUUUGGGUGUGUUUGUGGUGAUGCAAAGUGUGUAUAGUGACAACAAUGCACAUUCGAGAUGGCUAGAACAUGUGUUGUUAACAUAAAAGCUGGGGACAGCUAAUGUUGGCUAUUGGCCUUCUAACCCUGCACGUAUGCGGUGGGACAUUGUGAUUGACCUUUAUUUGAGGGAUUAAGGUAAGUACUUUCUGCAAUUGGUAAUAAAGCCAACUCAGGGUUUUAUCAUCACAAAUAUCAUAUUAAUAAUAAAUCAAUUUUUUGGGGGACUGUAUUGCCCACCUCCACCUUUUGUAAUAAUAGUAUUGUAAUUAUUAUUAUUUAAGCUUCGAGGAUCCCAUCUGGGUCCGACCAAUAUGACUAUGAACUCUGUUUUCUUCUCUCAACAUAGGGUUGCAAAUGGUGGUGGAUUCAAAGCCCUCAGCACAAGUUCAGCGAGACUCUGUGAAAAGAACAACGAUGUUGACAAUUCUCUUCAAGUUGAGAAAACAAAUGCAGAUAAAGACACUGAGCCAACAGAAACUCCAACUGUGGUGACACAGAGAGUUGAAGAUGACAGCAACAUUAUCAAGAUGGCUGAACAUAGAGAGGAGGAGCCAGUGGUGAUAAAGACAGAUGAGGGAAGUACCACGCAGCAGCAGGUGGAUUUUAAAAUUGAGCAGGUCGUGGCAACGCCAAAACAAGUGAAGACUAAUGCAGCCAAGAGUGGGAAAGAGAGUCUCCUCGACCUUCUUGGAGCCAUGAAGGUCGAAGUAACUAAUAAGAGGAAGCUCAAAAAUAUAGUGAAGCCAAAUGAUGAGUCUACACCCAAGUCGAAGCCAGCAGCUAUGGAGAGCACUAUCAGCAUGUUUCAGAAGGCUACAGUGGAGGCUUCAUCACAGAAGGAGACACUGGAUCCUAAACUGGUUGCAGCUGCAUCUGCUGCCGCCUCCACUCUGCCUGACCGCAGCCAGGCUGAGUCUGAGCUGCUCAGGCAGCUGAGGCACCACGACACCAUCACCGAGGGCCAGAAGAAAGGGGACGUGAACAACCUUGGAGUAAUAAUCGCUGACAUGAAAGUGGGGAAGAAUCCCAACCGACAGAAUGCUCGGCCAGCCAAUCAGAUUCGUUUUGAUGACGACGGCCGAGGAUACACGCACGAUAGAGGAAUCACCGCUGAGCUGGACGGUGUUCGGAGGAGGAAGAACUUGUUCUCAGGAAAAAGACUUAACAUCUUCUCUCCGACUACUGAUGAAGCUGGAGUUGAUUCAACAGUCGCACGGCCAACCCUAUGGGACAUGGACUUUGCUAAUCAGUUGUCUCUGUGGACCAACCAAACACCCCGCAAUGGGCUUGAGGAAAUGAUCCAGUGGACCAAAGAGGGGAAAUUGUGGCAAUACCCAAUCAACAAUGAAGCUGGCCUGGAGGAGGAAGCCAGUGUCCCGUUCCAUGAGCAUAUCUUCUUAGAGAAACACUUGGAGGAGGGUUUUGCCCGUCAGGGACCAGUGCGUCACUUCAUGGAGCUCGUGGUGGCCGGUCUGUCCAGAAACCCCUUCCUGACCGUCCAACAGAAGAGGGAACACAUUUCCUGGUUCAGAGACUACUUCCACCAGAAAGAGGAAGUCCUCAAGGAGGCUGCUGUUUGCCUCGACUGAGCUAAAGACAAUUCCAUACGUUUUCAACAUUUGUUGAAUGUGGACACAUUAAACUAAGUCUACUCAGUGGGACUUUGCAUCAUGUCUACUCCUUCAGUUUAGAUAUCUUAACUCUUCCUGGUGGAGUGGACUGGCAUCAAUCUGUGUCCUGGCUGCACAACAUUGAACAGUAUGUCCCGUCUCUAUAAUGUUGAUCAGACUAACUGAUGAAAUGUUGCUUGUACAAAUAAUACAGAUGGUAUAAAACAACAAAAUUA